UUUUGGUAGGUACCUAGGUACCAAUCUACUACUAUCAAAGUUAAGAACUUUAUUUUUCUUUAAGGUUCUCUUUUUCUCUGUUAGGUAGUAUACACAUUCUAUACUUAUAUAAGUUAGUAUAUGUAUAAAAUAGGUACAUGGGUACCCUUUUUUUUGGUAUAUAUGUAAUAUUAUAUUAGUAACAGAAUAGGUAUGAAUAAAGAAAAAAGGCAAAAAAAGUAUAGAAAGAAUGUAGGAAAUUUUCAAACGUAGAUUACAAUUACCAGACUUGCGUUUGGCCCCCCGUUCCGUCCCGUCAACUUAGUAUUGUAGGAAGGUAAUCCCUGCUUCUUCCUUUCUCACUUUUUCUCUCUUUCAUUCACUGCAUUGAAUAGUUCUAUUGGAUUAAGACGACAAGUGUGAGUGUAAGCGAGAGAGAGAGAGAGAGAUAGAGAAUAACGACAAUUUAGUACAAACGACGACGAACGAUAGGGUAUAGUUUGUUGAGUUGAGUGUGUUCAGGGAACAUGAGAGCAAAUUAAAUAAAUCUUUAUAUGGGUAGAAAACGUAGAACGAACGAACAUACCAACAUUUAUACACAUGCAAUAUCUACUUUAAUUUAAUAGAAUUAAAUAUAAAAGACGGAUUAUCUUUUUUUUUUUUUUUACAUAUAUAUUUUUUAUAAUAAUAUAAUAAUGCUCCCUGUUAGGUAGUAGAUUGUUGGGUAGAUAUAUUAUAGGCACAUUUUUAUAUUCUCCAAACUUCUCUCUUUAUAAUUUUUUUUGGAAAGAAAAAUAUAAAAUUUAACCAAAUUAGAUGAAAAAUCCAAUACCCUAUAAUAUCAAUUUAUCAUUUUUAGCUUUUUUUCAAAAUAUAGUAAAUCCCAUGAAAAAAUAAUAAUUAAAUUUUUGUGAAAUUUUUAAUUAAUUUAAAAAAAAAAAGAAAAUCCUUUAAGGAUAACAUAAUAAUAAUAAAUAAUCCCCAUCGUUUUUAAUGGAUAUAAAUUGAUUGACAAUAAAAUCAAUUAUACAAUAUAUUUUUAAACAAUAAUUAAAUUAAAAAAAAAAUCAGAAAAAAUAAAAAAAAAAUUAUCGACAAUAUUCUACUAUAUACGAGUUUUCUUUUGGGAGGAGGUCGCCCAUUAGAAUCGCCUCCAUGAAGAACAUAAAGCAAAAUGGUACGAGAGACUCGAAACCUUUGGGUUGGACAUUUACCCGAUACAGCACGUGAGGAUAGGAUACGAGAUCAUUUUAAACGGUCCACAGAAGACGUAUCACCACCGAAUUUCGAACAGCGUAGCAGCAGUAGCUACUAUGAACGCAGUUCGAGAUUAGUUACUGAUACAGAACAAUAUAUUAGACGACCAAAUGUUAAUUAUCAUUCUUCUUCGUCGUCUGGUGAUAGCCGGGGUCGUACUAGGGAUAGACUGUACAGAAAUGGUCCAUAUAGUUCGAUAAUCGAUAGACCGUCACCCUCAUCAGUGGGCCACCAUAGAGUGCCGUCAUGGUACGACACAAGUCCCAGCAGCAACAACAAUGGUGGAAACAACAGUGGAAGCAGCAGCAGCGGCAGCAGCAGUCUACCAAAUCAAACUUCUGCACCAAACUCUGCUGCGACCCUAUUAUCAGCCGCCGUCGCUGCCGGUUCCUCGUCAUCUCAACAAUCACCCGCCGCUUCAAGAACUGUCUACGGAAACGUGGCCAGCGCUGUUGUUCAACCAGAUACAAAUAGUAACAGCAGCAAUAGCAGUAUAGGUGGUAUUGGUGGAAGUGGAGUAGGAGGUGGAGUUGGAUUAGGUGCUACUAAUAGCUACAACAAUGAUUUACAAAUCUUAAAGAGUAAAAGUAAAAAAUCCCGUUGUGGCUCGGAGUCGCCAUGCAGCGGUAGCAUACAUAAUUUAACAUCGGCGGUAGCUGCAGCUGUUGUUGCAGCAGCAGCAGCAUCGUCAGCGGGCGUCAAUAGUAGCGCAAGUAGUAGUAGUAGUUGUAAUAGUGGUAGUACAAUCAUCGCUGCCCCAAGCAGCAGCACUAGUAAUAAUAAUAAUAAUACAAGUAGUAGUGGCGGUGUUUUAAACAUUGGCCAUAUCCCCUCCUCCUCUUCAACAACGUCGUCGUCUGCUGCGUAUAACAACAACAAUGCAACGACAACACCAACAAACAGUAGUCAUAGUUGUCACCUGGUAGAUCGGGGGAACAGCAGUGGAAGCAGCAAUCACAGCCAGAAUAAUCACGAUGGCCGUGGUGAUGGUGGGAGUACGGCGUCAAGUCGAUCACAUUCACGCAGUCCAAGCAGCUAUAGUUCGACGCACAGUUCGUCGUCUAAUUCGCAUGCGUCCAGCCCGGUGUCCGGUAGUGAACAACCUCCGACUCGAACGAGAAAUCUACAAUCGGCUGUGUCAACUCCCGGUCAAGGUAAACGUAACAGCACGGCUACAUCAUCAUCAUCAACAUCCAGUGGUGGCAGUGGUGGAGGCAGUGGCAAUCCUGUUGUGCAUUCCGAAGAUAACCGGCCGCUGGCAAUACGAGUUCGAAAUUUACCGGCCCGUUCCUCGGACACAUCCCUUAAGGAUGGUCUCUUCCAUGAGUACAAAAAACAUGGCAAAGUAACCUGGGUAAAGGUGGUCGGCCAAAACUCAGAGCGUUAUGCGUUAGUUUGUUUCAAGAAACCCGACGACGUCGACAAAGCCCUCGAGGUAUCACACGACAAAUUAUUCUUCGGUUGUAAAAUCGAAGUUGAACCCUAUCAGGGCUAUGAUGUCGACGACAAUGAGUUUCGACCGUAUGAAGCCGAGCUGGACGAAUACCAUCCGAAAUCAACGCGUACACUAUUCAUUGGUAACCUCGAGAAGGAUAUAACAGCAAGUGAACUGCGGGCUCAGUUCGAUUGCUUUGGUGAAAUCAUCGAAAUCGACAUCAAAAAGCAAGGAAUGAAUGCGUAUGCUUUUUGUCAAUACUCGGACAUUUUGUCUGUGGUAAAGGCAAUGCGUAAAAUGGACGGGGAACAUCUGGGCAAUAAUCGGAUAAAGUUGGGGUUUGGCAAAUCGAUGCCAACAAACUGUGUCUGGAUAGAUGGCGUUGCGGACAAUGUUAGCGAAAGUCAUCUGAUGGGACAGUUUUCGCGGUAUGGAUCAGUUUCGAAAGUGAUUAUCGAUCGAGUGCGGCAACUGGCGCUGGUUAUGUUCGAUCAGAUUCAGUAUGCGCAAACGGCUGUGAAAGAAAUGCGCGGCACAACGAUGCGAGGUCGCAAACUGCAGGUGGAUUUUGCUUCACGUGAAUGCCAAGAGGCAUUUUAUGAGAAAUUAGAAAAACAAACUGCAGCUGGGAGUCGUUUCAAUAGAUACGAUUCACAAUCAUCACGAUCGCGGGCGUCUUCCUUCAGUCGUCAUCAGAAUUCCAGCGGCAAUUGUUCGCCAAGUAAUUUGUCAUCAGUACUAUCGACUAGUGCGAAUGGUUCAUCCGGUAGCAGUAGUCUGCAAUCUGUUGUUGGCUGUUCAUCUUUGCCAGCAGCGGCAUCAAGUAUUGGUAGCGUUGCUGUUUUAGGUGGUGCAUCAUCAUCUAGCAGCAGCAGCUUGGCAAAUUCCGGUGUUAUUCCGUCUGUUGGAGUUGUGUCGGCAGUUGGUGGUGGUGUACUUCCAGCUGCAGGCAGCACAACACCUCGAGGUGCACGAUCCAGAAGUUCCCGCCACAAUACCGGUGAUUAUGAGUACUUGUCGGAGCGUAGAUUUCGCAGUUACGACGAAUACAGCCAAGGAUCGACAGCGUCUCACGACGAUGAUACGACACCGACGAGUCAACAUUGCAGCGGAUAUCCACAGCGAUCGGACUCGCCUUUGUCGCGAAUAUGUGGUGGUGGCAGUGGGAGUGGUGGUGGUGUUGUUGGUGGUGCUGGCAGCCUCAGCAGUGCUAUUAGCAUUGCUGGACUUACAGGCAUUAACAAUACCAUCGAUACGUUUGAUAUUAGUAAUUCUAAUAAUGGACGACGUCGUUGCGACAAAAGUCCUGGAAAGCAAAAAGGUGAUAUACGAAAUUUACAAAAGGAACGUUCCCAUCUGCUGGAACAACUAGAAGAAUGCCCGUCCAGUGGUGAUGAGUUAGUUAGUCCUAAGAAACGUAUGAAGUUCGAUCAUCCAUCGUCUUUGCAUCACCACAAUCAUCAUCACACAUUAGCCGGAUUGCCGCAGUCGCAUUCAAUUGAUGGUAGUAGCAUCAACAGCAGCAACAACACCAAUAGCAGUAGUAGUGUACAGCCACCGGCCUUAAUCGGUGAUUCCAACUGUGAUGUUUUAAGCACUGAUACAAAUAGUUCAGCAGUAAUGCAGCAACAGCAGCAGCAACAACAACAACAACAGCAACAACAACAGCAGCAACAACAACACCCGCACCCUCACCCUCACCGGAAAAGCAGCAUGUGUGGCGGCGUUGAAGUUCGUAGAUUAUCAGAAUGCAAUAGUCUUAAGUAUGGUACGCAGCAACAACCACCACCUCCAUUGCUGCAUCAUCAUCACCAUCAGCAACAACAGCUGCAACAACAGCUGCAACAACAGCUAUCGAAUAACAGUAGUAGUAGCCGGCGACCGUCCAUUGAAUUAUCCUCGUUGGCUGCAACUGCCCGUUCUAGCAGUAAUAGCGAUCAUACGCAUACGCAUACACAUACGCAUACGCACACGCACACGCAAAACUCAACUCUUAACUCGUCUGCCACAUCGAGCUCUUCGUCAUCAGUGUUAACUAUGAAUUCAUCGUCGUCGAUAGCCUGUAAAAGACGAAGAGUUGUGGGUAGUAGUAGUAGCCUUAUGGCGGGUGGUGUACUUGGUGGAGCGCAAUCCUCUUCCACAACGGCAAGUGGCGGAGCAGCACCAGGUUCAUCAUCAACAUCAUCAUCAACAAACCCAACAACAACAAACACGCUUAACGAUGCUAACCACGAAUACCACACUUCAAGAGGUCGCGGUCAUCAAUUACAUUCCCAUCACUCGCAUGAAGCGUCCGGUGGUGAAAGUGCGGACGGCUCACGGCCCGGUACUCCGUUGUGCGAUGAACGACCCGAAAUUCCAGUACCCAGUGAACCGCGACGAAUACCACGCGAUCGGCCGCACGAGCCGAUGAUUUUACCGCUGCCAAAAUUUGGCAUACCAUUUUUUCAACAGUAUCGAAUGGCGGCGGCCGCCACCAAUCAACAGAUGUACGCGUCUUCCUCAACGUCCUCUAUUGCGGGAGCGCUAUCAUCUACAUCGUUGUCGUUAGGAACGGCAGCGCAAGCAGCGGCAAAUCAUAGUAAUAGUAAUCCUAGUAAUAGCUUAAUAAAUUCAAGUUCUUCUUCUUCUUCUUCGUCUGCAAAUGCGGGGCCGGCGUUACUGUCAAACAGUAGCUGCGGCGGCCAUCAUUCUAGUCUUAGUAGUACGCUGUCAAGUCCGCCUGCUUCGAUGCUGUUAGGUGGCUCUAGAUUAUCCUCCAAUACAGCAUCAUCAUUGUCGUCGUCGGCGAUGCAUCAUCAUCCGCACCAUCACCAUCAUCACCACCAUCAUCAUCAGCAGCAUAAUAAUACAAGUGGUGGUAAUAAUGCGCAUCAUAUGUCCUCCUCCCAAAUGCAUCAUCAACAACAACCAGAUUCGUCACUGGCCAACUCUCUGCGAUCACGUUCACUGAGUACAAAUUCAAGUGAUUCAGAUGCGGGAGCGAGACGCAGUUCGAGUCCAACGCUUGAAGAGCGAAUCAAGUCACUCGAUGAGCUCUAUGAGAAAUGGAACGGCGGAGGCAGUGGUCUCACUUCACGGUUAAACCAACUGACAGCAUCGACAACGCCGUCCUCAGCAUCAUCUGUUGAUAGUUCGUCUCACCCGCUGCAACAUACCACCUUCCCGCACUAUCAACAUCCGAACAGUGUUGUGACCAACAGUUCAUCAUCAUUCACUCCCACGCGACACAAACUCUUUGAUUUGGACGUCAAGGAAAUGAAACCGUCGGACAUUGUUAAAUCAGUUCUGGCGAAAAAGUCCAUAUUCGACGAUGACCUGCAGCGACUGAAGAAUAUCAACGAGAAAUACGAACCAGCAGAUGUGUCGCAUUUGACAAAGGCAGUUCUUGCGGCAUCAACAUCGCCAGCGCUUCCAAAUCUGGCCGCAACCAAAACACCUAUUGUCGGCUGCGUUACACUCAAUAAAAUAGUUCCAGCAGUAACACAAAGUGUAACAGUGACAUCUGCGGCAGUGCUACAGCGGCUAAGUAAUUCAUCACCCAUGAACAGUCCACAGGGUUCGAUGUCGCCUUACAAUAGUCCAUCGCCAUCACCAAUUGUGACUGGUGGCACAGCACCGAAUGGAAGUAAACUUGUGCCGUCGUCGAUUGAUUCGAAGUCGUCAGCAAUUAUAACUCCCCAGCCUGCUAAAGGAUUACAAUAUCCAUUUCCCAGCCACCCACCGUUGGUUAGCUCUGCUAGUGGUGCUUCGCCCAAUGGCUCAGAACAUAGUAAUAGUAGUAGUAGCAAGCAGGAUGCUACUGCAACUGCAACUACCACUACGACGCCACAACCACCAACAAAACCAAAGACUAAUUCUAUACAAAAAAGCUUGAGUAUGCCUGGAGAUAAGAUGUCUUCCGUCCCAGUGGCCACAGUGGUAGCUACAGCGACGCUAGUGAAUACGACAACGCCCACGGUGUCGCAUUCUGUAGCACAGCCCUCAAGGGUUCUUGUGAAAUCCGCCUCAAUUCCAGGCAGCACAAACAUUGGUACAAUUAAAACAACAACCGGUAGCAGUUCCUCCCAUUCGACUUCGUCAUCCAGUCAAAAACAACAUCAUAAUAACCCAAUAGUUGUUGAUGAUGAAAUUAUGACAGUAACGGCGACGCCAAAGGUUAAACAUUCAACUUCGACAUCAUCUAGCAGUAGCAGAAAAGGCUGUGAAAAAAGCGAAAGAAGCUACAAACACAAUCAUCGCAGUGACUCGACGAAUAGUGACAAAAAAUCCUCCUCCUCCUCGACCAAAAGUGAGAAAGUGAAAAGCGAAUCGUCAACAGAACGAAGAAAACAUUCUGUUUCAUCAGCUGCAUCGAUAGAUGAAUCUUCGUUGGUAUCGUCUUCUGCGACGAAUGCUGAGAAUGAUAAGACCGAUCUAAAACAUCAACAGCACGAAGAAAAGGAGAAAGAGCAACGCCAAGAGCGUGAGAGACAAGAAAAAGAGAAAGAAAAACACCAACAGAAAGAAAAAGAACGACGUGAAAAAGAACUCAAAAAGCAACGAGAGCGAGAAGAGAAAGAGCGUGAAGAAAGAGAACGGAAAGAACGCGAAGAGCAGCAGCAGCGUGAACGUGAGCGAGAGAGGGAGCGAGAAGAAAAAGAGCGCAAAGAACGUGAACGUCGCGAACGUGAAGAAGCUGAGCGUAAAGAAAAAGAACGAGAACGAGAAGAGCGAGAAAGACGAGAGAAACAAGAAAAACAAGAACGUGAACAAAAGGAACGUGAAGAGAAAGAACGAAGAGAGCGUGAACGCCGAGAAGAACACGAACGAAUAUAUCGUGAACAACAGCAGCAGCAACAAAAGCGUCAAGAACAAGAACGACGCGAACGUGAGCAGCGUGAACAACAGCCAGCACUUCCUCUCGAACCGCCAAAAGAAGUUCCCACACCACCAGCACCUCCACCAAAUGAAUGUCACGAAAAAGAAAAUCGCAAAAAUCACACUCGUGCCGAUGGCAGUGACAUCACCAGCGCCGACACUCUCGACUUUGAAAAGCGAUUCUUUCGUCACAUGCAGCACUUUGAAGACAAGCACAACAAAGAAAACAGCGGAGACGAUAUUCUUUUGCCAUCAGCCGAAGGUCAAAAGAAUCGUAGCCGCAAGUCUUCACGAAAUUCUCCCAUUCGUUUGCCAAAGCGUCGCCUUAGUUCGCAAGAUAGUAUGGAUACAAUUGAAGAUCCAGCUAAGCGUGUUCGUAUGACGUCCUCAACAGAGACAUCUGCAAACCUGAUAAACAAUCAUAAAAUCAGCGAUCGACGGGACUCUAAAGAUCCCAGCUCCAAGAAGCACCAUAAGUCGUCCUCGUCAUCCCACAAAAACACUAAUAAUGAUGAAAAACUACAACAUCAACAACAACAGCUGAAUGAAGCGACAUCUGUUGAGCAUAGAUACCGUAAAGAUUCUGGCUUUGAAGAGAAAAAAUUCAAGAAAAGUGAUCCAGGUACCUUUUCGAUGCUAAUGCAACGCUUCAAAAAGCACAACAAUAAAGACGACAAAGAUGCCAUUACAAAUAACAUUAACGAGAAACAUGAAGACCAGCAUAUGUUUGUCAAUAAUCAGCCAGAAGAAUCAGAAAAUGUAGCUCCUAAAACCCCACAACACACUGGUGCAGCUUCGUCCGAUGAAGAAGAUCGUCAACGGCAACAAUCGCAACACCAUCAUCAUCAUCACCAACGACACAAGAGCAAACGUGAGCAUCGUGAAAAGAAGCGUCACAGCAUUGGAGACUUUGAAGAUCGCGAAAAGAAAGAUCAAUGCGAAUCAUCAAGUCGCCAUCACGAUCGCAAAUCAUCCCGCUCUGAUGAGGGUUCACACUCGCAUCAUCGACAUCAACAACACCAUCCGCCAAAGCCAUCAUCUUCAUGUGGUAGCAAUAGUGGAGGUGAAAAAUCAUCAUCGCAUCGAAAUAAAUCGACUCCAACGAGUCGUCUCAUGCUGAGUGAUUCCAAUGAUUCCGAUUCUGAUGCGCAGACGUCUAAGAAGCAUUCCAUAUUUGAUAUCCCAGACGAAGGACCGUAUGUGUCCAUGUACGACAAAGUGAAAGCACGUUCUUGCAAGAAUAUGCAAAAGCAAGAAGAAGAGAAGAAAAUCAAGGCGAAGUUCUCUCAAUUGAAGCAGUGUCGAGCGAAAAGAGAAGAAAAGAAACGCUCCACCUCAUAUGAUGGAGAUUCCGAUUCAGAUUUUGAAGAUCGCCAACAGCGGUAUCGUAGUGGCUACAAAUUGAAUCGCUGCGGAGGCUUUAUAAGCUCUUCCGAUGAAAGUGUAAUAAUUCAACGGCGAGUUAGUGCAACUGGCUGCAAUAACAUAUCCGAUGAUUCUGACUCGGAUACACGUCGAAUGAGCUUCAAUCGCAAACGUCUCAAUGAACUUUGUGAUGCUGAUGAUAGCUCUGAAACGGGUAUCUACAUCCGCAAGAGUUCACCAUGCAAAAAGAUUUCUUCAAAACGCAACUCUCGAUCAACUCGUAUAGAAUCGGAUUCCUCCGAUAUGGAUGUUGAAGCUCCAACUCAGACAUCAUCUGUGAAACUAGAAAACAACGAAGACACAGAAGACAUUGUCGAACAUAAAUUCAAGCCUGAAAUUAAGAAAGAACAUUCAGAAGAUGAACAAGUUCAAAUUGUUGUGAAGACAGAAAAAAUCAAAUCUGAAGGUGAAGAUUGUGAAGUCGAUGAAGAAACUAAACCAAAUGUACUUCCACCUCCACCAGUGUCUAUUAUGUGUGAAGUCAAAAAAGAAAGUAAAGAUUUCUUCGAAUUGAUUACCGAAUCGGACAAUAAUAAUGUACAUUCUGAAAGUGCUCUCGAAAGUAAAGAAUCCAUAUUUGAUUCUCAUUAUUCACCAGAGGGUCGAAAGAAACAUAAAAAGAGCAAGAAACGACAGAAAACACCUCUGCCCUUGGACAGUGACACAAAUGUAUCUGAUAAAAUGGAAAAGAUUGAAAAUACUGUUGAGAAGUUCGAAACCAAUUGCUCUUCAGCUCCAAUGAUUGAUCUUUUCGAUAAACUCAAAGAAGAAACCAUUGCAGCAGCAACAGUUCCGCCGCCAAAUCAAACAACUGUACAAGUGAACAAUAUUGCUGCUCCUUCUACACCAACUACCAUCUUAAGUGAGAAGAAGCGUCAUAAGGAUCGCAAGGAUAAGAAACGUGAGAAGUUUCGCAGUGUUGAUUUUGACAAGUCCACUUUAUCCAAAGAAGAACGACAUCGACUUAAGAAAUCUAAAAAGUCAAAAAGUGCUGAUCUUACUCGGUAUACUCCUUCAUCUGCUAAUACAACACCUUCCAUUAAUUCAACAGUUUCUUCACAAAAUCAGAAGAGAACUGAAGAAAAAAUGGAAUACAUAUUUGGUCCCAUCUCGGACGAGGAGGAAUCCCAACUGUCGGGUAGUGAACCGAUUGUUCACACCAAAUCAGAGUGUGGUCCAGUCGUGUCAGCUGCAAUAAAUCCCUACAAAACCGAACCUCUUACACCCAAGUCACACACUGUCGAAGAAAAUGAAGAAAACAAGCAAAAGACUUUGAGUUCUUCACAUGUGGAACGCGAGCGACACCGCAAAGAAAAGCGAGAGAAGAAACGCAAAGAACGUGAGAAGUCUCGAGAACAACACGCUCUGGCAGCACUCCAAACCUCAGUUUCUGCCCACACAACAGCCAAGGUGGAAGAUGAUAAUAGCGUGGACUUGGAUGAAGCUGGUCGAGCACUUGAAGCUCAACUAAUGGAAGAUUCUGAUAACAAAAUGACAGACGAAACGACACCAUCUACAGCUGCGACAUAUCGCAGUGAUAUGACAGACGUCUUUCGAUUCUCUGAUGGUGAUGAAAAUAGUAUGGAAGUUAUUCCUCCUCAAACGGCAACAGGAACAGCUGAAAAGAAAGAUGUUUCACAUCAGCCAACACAGCAGCAACAACAACAAGAUCAUCAUAAAAAUAAAGAAAAGAAGAAGAAAAAGAAGCGAUCCAAAGAGGAACGUCAUCAUCAACGGCGAGAGCACCAUCAUAAUCAACAACAACAGCAACAAACACAGCAACAACAGCAGCAACAAUUGGAUGAGACAGCAAUUAUGUCGCCUCCACCAUUGUGCUCUAGCAAGCUUUCAAUUGACAUUGAAGAUGAGCUUAAAGAUCCAGCUCCCUUAUGUAAGCCCUCACCAAGCCUACCAUGUCUAUUUGAUGAUGAUGAACCUACAAAUAUCCCCAAGACAUCUGCAGAUAUUCUCUUGAGAUCACCAAUUAGAGAGAAGACUUUGAUAAGUCCAAUUCCAAAGACUCCAACUCUAAUAUCUUCUACAGUAACACCUGUUACAGCUGUCUUGACUUCGACCACACCGCCAUCAUCAAAGGUUCCAUCAUUGACUAAACCAACCAUGUCAACAGUGACUGAACCCAAGAAGAAACCAGAGAAUUUCAUUCCUGGAUUUGAUGGUGAACUUGAUGAAAAAAUCAGUGAAUCAGCAGUGCAAUCAAUUUCGGCUGAUUUUACUGCAUCAGCAAUUGAUUCGAUUGUUGAUGUCGAACCAAAGAUUCCAGUACAAAGUCCACCAGAUUCAACCAAACACCUAGAAAAAAUCGAAGAAAAAUCACGUGUGGUUAUAUCUCAAGAAGAAACCGAAGAUGCUGUAGCUGCUUUGCUUGGAGAAAGUUUUGGCAACUCUAGCACAGUUGAUUAUUCUCUUACCGAUGAUCCUUGUGAUUUACAAUCGACAGUAAUUGAUGAAGUGGUAUCACAGACUGUUGAAGAAGAACAAUCAGCUGCUGUUAUUCCUGAAGAAGAUGCUGAAGAAAUGUUGAAAGCUGUACAAUCACUUAGCAAUGAAGACAUUGAUAUCAAAGCGGACACACCACAAUCCGAACAAGACUUGCAAAUUGAUACUGAUACUGAAGAGUCACCCGAAGAUGAAAGACCAAAAACACCAGAUGUUGAUUUUGAUCAAUUGAAGGGUAAAAAGUCAGAACCAACGGAAGUGUCGUCGGCUCCUAAAGAGACCAAAGAAAUAAAGAAGUCCAUAGUUGAAGCUGCCACAACUCCAUCGGUCAUUACAAAAGUAACAGACUCUACAAAGAAGGAAGAAGAUAAGAAACCCUCAUCAUCUGAGCUACCGAAGAAACCUCUUCCUCCUAAAAUUGAACCACCGACCAUAACAAAAGAACAACCAGCUGUACAACCAGUACAGACUAUUCUUCAGCCUCCGCAGCAACAAACAUUGGCGCAAACAACUCCGGUUGUUAAAGUUGAGACUCCAUUGCAAAUUCAACCUCUUAAAACUAAUGCUACACCGGUAGCACCACCAUCACAAUCUCCGAAAGUUCCUGUACCUACUAAUCAAUCGGUACUAAUUGCUCGGCCUCAAUUUACCAUUCAACCGCCAUCAAUAAGUAUACCCGAUUCACAGCCACCAGCACAUUUUAUACAUCCUUCGAUAAAUGUUGUUGUUUCACCGAGAUCUACGACAGAUCUCAAAAUGCAUUCUCCACGAGCGCAACAACAACCGCCUUCGCCAUCAAUUAGCGGUGUCCGGGUACCAUCUCCACAUAGUCCAAAUGUGCAACAACGUGGUGCAAGUAACAUUCGGCAGCAGCUAAGUCCGGUAACAUCACCGACACCUCCACAGCCACAUGUGAUCCUACAGCAGAGGCAGUUGAUGUCACCGCCAUGCACAGCUCCACCACAAACAAGCAGUCCGAGCUCCAUGGCGACUGGACUUAACAGAAUGACAGUAACUACCGUCUCGUCGGUGUUGUCUCCGGCAACUAAAGCCACUGUUCAUCCUGUUGUGCUUCCCAAUAUGAUCAACGCAACUAGUAAUAUGAAUGUUCCAACUGAACAGCCUGAAAACAAAGAAACUAAACAUUCGAAGAAUCAUCAAGCAUCGCCAAUGAAACCGAACGCUUUUGAUCAGCACAUGAUGCAGCAACAAAACCUUUCGACUGUUGCAAAUAAAGUUGGUCAACCAGUUGCAAAUGCUUAUGGCAAUUCGCCACAACAGCAACCUUCCCAAUCGCCGCAUCGCAUGUCACCACAUGUCUUGCAGCAGAUGGGUAAGAUGGCUACUCACCAGCAAUUUAUGCACCAUCAGCAUAUGAUGCAAAUGCAGCAAGCCCAACAGCAUCAGCAACAACAACAGCAACUUUUGCAGAUGCAGCUACAGAUGAAGAAUGCACAGCAAAAGAAUUCUCAACUAAAGCAACAUCAACAACAACAACCUCCUCAGCAACAACAACAACAAAGGUUAUUGCAAACUUUGCAUCCUCCAGUCUCGGCACCAAGUGGAGUUCCGUCAAGCACACCACAUCCUGGUUCAACUUUGCAUUGCAAUAACGGUGGAAAAGAUGCCAUUGGCCGACCAAUACAAUCACAAUCGCAACAUGUUGUAAUUGUACGUCAGCCACAGCAGCAACAACAACAGCAACAACAACAGCAACAACAACAGCAACAACAACCAAUAAGUUCUCAAAUGCCGCAAAUGCAAAAGGUUUUAUUGCAACCGCAGCAACCACAAGUUACUACCGCCAAACCACAACCUCCAAUAAUUAUGCAGCAACAACAACAACAGCAUCAUAAGUUGCCUUCAACUCCUAAUCUAAUCAUUCAACAGAAACAACCUGUUCCAACAUCCUUUAUACAGCAGCCACAACCUCAACAACAGAUUCAACCUCAACAACAACCGAUGACACCUCAGCAGCAGCAGUCUAUGCCACCACAUCAGCAAUCGGCACCACAUGUACAACCGUUGCAACAACUUCAACAACAACCACCUCAGCAGCCGAUGCAACAUUUGCUGCCAUUGCAACAACAACAACCAAUGCAUUCUAGACAUCACCUGCCAACACAACCGGAACCACCACAACAACCAAACAUUGUUGUGAAGCCUCCGCAACAAGAAUUGCCUACAUUACAAAAGAGUCAUGCACCUCAUAUGCCACAGUUGCUCCAUGAUGAACCAGUCAUCACCAAGCCACCAUCUACACCAGCUAAAGAGGUUACUCCUAAACCAAAUGAUUCUGAUGCAAUAAAGAUUCUAGAAAAACCACCAACAACUCCUGUGGUUGCUGAAGUCAAACCUACAGAAUCUAAACCAGCAGAAGAAAAUGUAUCGGUUAUUAAGAAUCAACCAACAAUUUCUCCAGUUGUUGUAUCUUCACCAAUCCAACAACAUCAAAAUAAAGAAAAAUCUCUAUUGACGGAAGAAAAUGUAACAAAGAUUUCUCCACCUAAAGAAGAUGAAAUCGAACAAGAUUCUAAAGAGGACAGUGAUUAUUGGUCUGCUAAAGAAUUGAACAUCGAUUCGGUGAUCAAAAAGGUCGAUGCUGCUAUAUGUUCCACUGAGGAGAGCAAGAAAGUUCCAACUCCAGAUGUUGUCAUUCCAAUACCAUCUCCAACAAUUUCUACUAAUAUCGAGAAAAUUGAAAAGAAAGAACCAAGUCAAUCUAAAGCUUCUGUAGUUCCACCGCCAAUAACUCCUGAAGAGAAACUUCACAAUUCUUCGGCUAGUGUGGACAUUAGUGAAGUUGAUCGUACAGGUGAAGAUACUCACGAUGAUGAUGACGAAACAACCGAAGAGAGUCAAAGUGAGACAACAGAUACUUCUGGCACUGGAAAACAACUGAGAGGUGGUCCAUCUGCCAAACGUGGACGUACACCAAGAGGUGGUAAAAAGACGUCCGGUAUUGCGGCAGCCAUUUCGCCACCAGAAACUGGUGUACAAACACGACGUGCUAAAGGAACACCUAGUACACGUGGUCGUAAAGGUCGUCCACCAACUAAAUCGCUUCCACCAAUUCAACACCAGGUGUUGCAACCAACUUCUACACCAGUGGUGGUCGAUAAGAAACGAAAUGCCGUUUCAGCUAGUGACCAAGAUGUUUAUGAAUUUCAUGAAGAUUCAGGUGAAGAGACACAACCAAAAUCAGCAACUUCAUCGACAGUUUGUGGUGAUCGUCCUCGUCUCAUUUUAACCAUAAAAAGUCCAGGUCAACCAGCUGCAGCAGCUGUUGUAAAAACAACCGAAAAAGAAGUUGUUCCAAUAGAAGCACCCAUAUCAUCGCCUUCCUCCCAAUCAGUGGCACCAUCAAUUCAGCCUCCACAAUCGCCAUCGACUCCUGAACCAACUGAAGGUCACAUGAAAGACUCAAAGAAAGACUUUCAAACGCCCAACACUCGAAAGUCACGUCGGCUUCAGGAGAAAGAUCGCAACACAGUGGAUGAUAUUAUUGAAGAUGUUGUUCGUAAUACUCAGACAUCGCCCAAAGGUGGACAAACACCACCUCGUCGAUCAACCCGCAUUGCUCAGCCAAAGAAACCAGGCCAGCCAGCAGAGUUGUUGAAUAAUUCAUCAACUCCUAAGCCCAGACGAUCCAAAGAUCGUUCCAAGGUUGGUGGUGGCGAUAAUUCCUCAGAAGCUGAAGAUAAGUUUGAUAAACUUAAAUCUCCACAAACUGAUGAGGAUCUAAGCACAGAGAAAAUACCUGAGCCAGAGAAGAAAGAAUUGCCUGAGAAAACUGAAGUCAUACCAGAUGUCAAGGUAGUUGUUACUGCAACACAACCAACAACAACAACAACAACUGUGCCCAGUGUAGUACAAACCACACCCGUAACUAAGACCAUAGUAUCAAAUUCUGCUGUUCUUACAUCAUCGAUGAAAGAAUCGUUCUUGAUAGAUCCGGUCACAGGUCAUCUAACUGUGGUCACACAACCACCAAAGGAGAAUCAAUUUGCAAAUCAACCUGGAAGUACAGUCAAACAGCCAAUAGUUGAAAAGAAAUCUAUACCACCAACAAUUCCAACUGCUCCUGUGGUUGUACAACCUGUUCCUAGCACUAAGGAACCAAUCAAAGUAAUUGAAACGGAAAAAGUGACACCUUUCCCUUCAUCAGUUCCAACAUCUGGAACCAGUCAUAUGCCAUCAAAGGUUGAACCUGUACCACAAAUACCAGCAAAUCCACCUUCGCAGCCAAUGAGUGUUGUUGUUAAGCCGACCAAUACUCAACAGCCUAUUGGAAAUCUACCUUUGACGACACCACAAGCUCCUCCUCAAAUGAAUGUUGUUGUCUCACAAAAUUCAUCACAAUUACAGCAACAGCAUAUUCCAAAACCUCAGGCAAUUGUAGUGCAACAAGUACAACCUCCAUUGCAGCCACAAUUGAGCUCAACACGACCAACAACUUUGAAAGCUCAUGUGCUCAAUAGUCAAAAGCAUCAACAACAGCAACAACAACAGCAGCAACAACAACAGCAGCAGCAACAACAUCAACAGCAGCAACAACAACAGCAUCAUCAACAACAGCAGCAGCAACAACAACAGCAGCAGCAACAACAACAGCAGCAGCAACAACAACAGCAGCAACAUCAGCACCAGCAACAACAACAACACCAUCAUCAACAACAACAUCAUGGACCCCAGCAAUUGGGUCAAAGUGUUGUUAAGAUGGGACACGCCAAUCCAACACAAUCACAAGCCCAUGCUAAUCAACAACCUCAUAUUGUUGUCACCAACGCUAGUCAUGUGAUUCAAUCUGGCAUGGUAUCACGACAUCUUCAACAUGCAGCCGCCUUAGGAGGUUUGCAAUCGCAAAACCCAACAGUCCCACCACCAGUGACGCAUCCUAAUUUAGUAGUGAACAUUCCACCAGCUCAUUCACCGCACGGUGCUGUCCAUUCACCUCGAAUCCAACAAGGUGUUGUAAUAAAACAGGGAGUACCGCCACCACAACAGCAGCAACAACAACAACAUUCUCAAUUACACCCCGCUGCAUUUGGACCCCAACAACAGUCACAGCAACAACAAUUCCAUCCACAACAAAUUGUUCAUGUGGUGUCCUCCAAAGCGCCAACUUCCCACCAGCAAUUGCAACAGCAACAACAUCAUACACAGCAUCCUCAACAUCCACAGCAACAUCAACCUGUAGUGAUGCAUGGCAAACAAUUGCCGCCACAGCAACAACAGCAGCAACAUCCACAAAAUCUACCAUAUGGUCCAUCACAAGCUCAACAGCAAAUGGUCCAAGGUGGAAAGAUCAUCCAGCAACAAUCUGCAAUACAAGCAGUGGGCAAGCAACAACAUUCGGCAACAAUUCAAGUUCCAAUACCUCAUGCACAUUUGCAUUUGCAACAACAACAACAGCAGGCGGCACAACAACAAAAGGCAGCACUAUCGGCUGUUCCUAUUGUGACACAUCAGCAGAUAAUCAAGCAACCAGUGCCACAACAACAGCCGCCUCCACAUCAUAUUGUUCAACAACAACAGCAACAACAACCGCCAUCGCAACAACAUCUCUUAUCAGUGAAACAGCAACAAGCUGUCCAAGCACAGCCUUUAGUUCUAACCAGCCAGGCUGUAGCUGGAGCCAGUGGCAAUACCAACACCAGCACAAACAUAAUAUCAGGCUCCCAACAUAUCAUGGCUCAUGCACAUCCAACGGCGCAUUUGCAUCAACCAACUGGUGCAUCGUUGCUUCAAGCCAAACCAGCACACCAGCAGCAAGUAGUGCCACCAGCGGGCAAAGCUGUUAUUGGUCUACAAGCACCACAAAUAAUGACGGGCGCUGUAGCAAGUCCACCGCUCAAACAAGCCCAUCUUGCUGGUCAGCAACCAGUUGUAACUGGUGCAAGUAGUUUACGUGCGACUGUACCACCAAUAAGUCCCCAAGGACAAUCAAGGCACUUGUUGCAGCCUGGUCUGCCAGUUGCUGCUUUUGAAGCAAACAUGCAUGAAAUUGGAAACUAUAGUUCAACUCGUUCGCAAAGUCCACCGCCUGCUCAUCAGCAGGCAACACCUAUUACAGCGGGCGAAGGACCAUAUCCUGCUGGUGCAAUUCGAGGUGUUACUCGUGAUCACAUCAUUAUGUACCAGCAAUAUUUGCGAGCUCAAGAUGCCCUUGGAACUGCCAGAAUACCAUAUAUUGCAAGAUCACCUUUAUUGCCUGGUGCCACUGAUCAAAAAGAUGUUGUUGAACUUGAUGAAUCAAUGGUGGCUAGUCCACCACUUGAAUUGCGUAGGCCAGGAAGUGUACCAAGAACAGUUGCUGUGCCACAUAGCUUACAGAGUCCACAGGAUAGAGCAACAGAUUCACCACAAGUUGCUCAAGUUUACGUACACAACACUCGUAUUCCACAUCCUCACUUUCCUGAAGUUCCAGGACGCUUUUACGAAUCUGUUCGUCAAUUGCCAGCCGAACCACCACCAGCUCAUCGACCAUCGCACAGUGUUGUUGCACCUGCUCCAUCUGGUUAUGUUGCACAAGCUGCAGGACCAGCAAAUCAUUCCCAUUUGCAUCCAAAGAUAUUCGAUCGUGAACGCGAACGAGAACGUGAACGUGAUCGAGAACAAAGAGAACGUGAACAACGUGAACGUGAACUUCGAGAUCAACGCGAUCAUCGUGAUUUGAGAGAGAAAGAACGAAUAUCUAUUCCAGGAGGACACACAAGUAUGCCAAGUCAUGAUAGUUUGGUUCCAGCAUUGCCAACACCUAGUGGCCGAAAUCUACAAGUUGCUACACCACCACAUGCCAGUCAGGUACCACCACCUCAACCAGACUCGCUAUUGACACUCCUGCAAAGAUAUCCAGUCAUGUGGCAAGGUCUGUUGGCUCUCAAGACCGAUCAAGCUGCUGUCCAGAUGCAUUUCGUUUUUGGUAAUCCAUUAGUAGCGAGAGCAUCAUUGCCAUGCAAUAGUGAUGGUAGUACACCACCAUUACGUAUUGCACAGCGUAUGCGAUUGGAACAGACUCAAUUGGAAGGAGUUGCUAAGAAAAUGCAGUAUGAAAAUGAACAUUGUAUGUUGCUGGCUCUUCCAUGUGGUCGUGAUCAUGCGGAUGUCCUUCAACAAUCACGCAACCUACAAACCGGAUUUAUCACCUAUCUACAACAAAAGAUGGCAGCUGGAAUUGUCAACAUACCCAUGCCAGGUAGUGAACAAGCUGCCUAUGUAGUUCACAUAUUCCCAUCAUGUGACUUUGCCAAUGAAAAUCUAGAACGAGCCGCACCAGAUCUUAAAAAUCGAGUUGCCGAAAUUGCUCAUCUACUUAUUGUAAUUGCAACUGUGUAAAACAAUUAUAUUGUAGCCGCACAAAACUCAGCCAGGUAAUCAAUUAAAACAAAAUUAUAACUAGAAAAGAAAAAAACUAGUGAAAGACUAGCUAAAAUUUCUGAAACCCAACUAUGAACUAUAAUUAUGACUGUAAAACAGUCAAAUAAUCACGACCCAAUCAAUUUUACGCGUACAUUUACCAAUAACAACAACAACAACAAAUAAUUAAACAAAAUGAUGCACAUCAACACCAAAAAAAAAUAAAUAAAA